AUGGCAACUGCUCAGAAGCAAAGGAAUCGUGUGUAUCUUCUUUCUCUUAACUUGCAGAGUGCAGUUGUGUUUCCUAACAAAAUAUCUACUGAACAGCAAUCCCUGAUGCUAGUGAAAAGACUCCUGGCAGUAGCAGUGUCCUGCAUUACCUAUCUGAGAGGAAUUUUUCCUGAAAGUGCCUAUGGAACAAGAUACAUGGAUGAUGUCUGUGUCAAAAUUCUGAGGGAAGACAAGAACUGUCCUGGCUCUACUCAGCUGGUGAAAUGGAUGUUAGGCUGCUAUGAUGCCUUGCAGAAGAAAUAUCUAAGAAUGAUUGUCCUGGCAGUCUAUACCCAUCCAGAAGAUCCUCAGACAAUUACAGAAUGUUACCACUUCAAGUUCAAGUACACCCACAAUGGACCCCUCCUGGAUUUUGGCAGUAAGGACAAGAAGAGCGACUCCACGAUCAGCUGUGCAGACACCAGGAAAGCAAGUGUCCUCCUGAUCCGCAAGAUUUUUGUGCUGAUGCAAAACCUGAGCCCCUUACCAAGUGAUGUUUGCCUGACUAUGAAGCUGUUUUAUUAUGAUGAAGUUACACCCUCUGAUUACCAACCUCCUGGGUUUAAGGAGGGUGAAUGUGAGGGGAUUAUAUUUGAGGGGGAGCCCAUCUAUCUGAACGUGGGGGAAGUGCCAACACCUUUCCAUAUGCUGAAAGUGAAAGUUACAACUGACAGACAACGAAUGGAAAACGUUGAUAAAAGCAUCCUAAAGCAUGGAGAGAGGAACCUGCCCCUCCAGGUGCCCAGAGAUGAUCCAGAGGAAGAGAACCAGGACAUGAAUGAAGAUCCUGUUUUGGAUAAUGAAGAUAGGAAUAAUGUAACCAUUUCAGAAGCUCAAGAACCAAAUUUAACUCAUAAAGAAGAUGAAGUUAUGAAGGCUGAAGGGAACCAGAAUCUCUCUGCUUCUAAUCCUCAGGUUGAUCAUUUGGCAAGUAAGACAUCUGAACUUAACAUGUCUGAGAGCAGGACAAGAAGUGGAAAGAUAUUUCAAAGCACUUUUUACCAGCUUGAGCUCUCAUCUAGCCAGGAUGUGCUGCCCAAAAGGAGGAAGAUGAGUGAACCAAAGGACCAGUUCUAG